AUGUAUUUGAGUAAUUUGCUAGAGGUCCACAACAACAGCAAGUACAGUAAAAAUAACACCCGCGGCUUUAAAUGCGGCCCAAGAAGUGCUGAGCCGAAAGGCAGUUUCCUAGACCAGCUAACCGCCGAGGAGGCAGCGCUGUUCAUCGAACAUGCAAAGGACGACGACCAACCAGGAACCAGUGCAGAUGCGCUACGUCGCAUGGGCCAGAGCAAAACAGGUAGUUUUAAAAACAGUAAUUUGACAGGAAAUCACAAUUUACCUGCCGAACUAGAUCGGCCGCAACACCGGUCCGGCAGUUCUCUUUCCAGGUACAGAGAGACAGCAAGGUCAGACAGCAGCCACCGCACCGAUGGUAGUCACCACUCCAAGAACCGGCAUCGCUCGGGUAGCCGGCGCCGCUCUACAAGUCGACACCGCGCAAAGAGUCGGCAGCGCUCCAAGAGCCGGCGCCGCUCCGAAAACGGUCACAGGGCGGAGAAGGAGAGACUCCAUAGGUCGCACAGCAGUAGCGCCUCAGCAGCGUCCGACGACUCCGGGUGGCAGAAGCAGAGGAGUAGGAAACAUCGCAGGGCCAACCCUCCUCCGAUGUCGCGGCCAGGUCAACCGGGGUCACUAGACGAUCGGCUUCGCGAGGGCUUAAGCGGUUACGGGGUUAAAUGGUACCUGCGGUACCUCGGUCAAGGCAAGCCCUCAGUUGAAGCCAGAGCUAUGGCAGAGGUCAGAAUGGAGAUAGAGAAUGAGGGACGUGAGAGACACAGAAAAGUCGACAAACCCGCACCCGCCGAUAGGUGGAAGAGCGGGCCCAAAAAACAGGCACACUUACCCGCACUUGCUGAAAAGCAGAAGAGCGGGCCACAGCAGCACAGACCCGCGCCCGCUAAAAGGCGGAGAAGCGAGGAACCAACAGGCUCUAACAAAAGAGGUAGCAACCAGGUCACUCCGCCAGAGACACUGGGCACCAAACGGCAGCGGGAGCAGCCACCCCCUCCGAACUCAUGGUCUAGGAGCCUGGCCGGGCUGACCGAGUAA